UUAAGAGGGUGGAUAACCCAGGCGGGUACACUUGGAAGUUGACUCCCCCGGCUAUGAAGGAUUCGUACUUUGAUGAAUUACAGGUAUGAUUGAAUUUAUAGUGCAUAUAAAUUUAUCAUUAUCUAUUGUAAAAUGUUAUAUAUUAAAUUAACUAUUUCUUUCAACAGAAAGAGUUUGCUUGGUCGCCUGAGGACGAGCUUGCGGUCAGGGCGAUGUGGGAACAGAAAGCCAGCAAGAGGUACAGUGACAUGAUGAGCGACUACAAGAGGAAGCUCAGGGCUAGUACCGAUGAAGGUAGGGAGAUGGAUAGACCCCUCUGGAUGUCUGCCGAAUUAUGGACAGGACUCCAGGCAUACUGGAGUCAGGAGGCUGUUCAGGCCGUUUCCCAGCGAGCACGUGCGAACCGGAUGUCUGAGCCCGAUGGACCCGGUACAGGGAUCAGCAGGCACGUGGGAGGGUCUCAGUCCACUCGUAUCCUGCAGCAGAGUCUGAGCUUGGAGACUGGACUCCCCUCGGCUGCACAGAACUAUAGCACUUUCCUUCGCCUCCACAUGCGCGAGGAUGGAAUUUUUCUGCGGAGAUUCGUCGCAUUGCUGUUGAGACUGGGCGAGAGGACCGGCUGCCUGAGAUCUACUUGGAGGUCGUACGGCCCGACAGGUCCCUGCUCUACGGCACUGGAAGUGCCGGUAGGAACCAGCUGUAUGAGACACGAAUCUCCACACUGGAAGAGCGCCUUCAGGCCGAACAAGCAGCACGUGAGGCCGAACGAUAGGCUUCUCGAGCAGCACGUGAGGCCCUCGAGCAGCGUAUGGCUCAAUUCGAGGAGUUCAUGA